GCUCAGACGGCUCCAGCAGACGACUGCUUUCCACUGCACUGGCGCUGUGUGCUGGAAGCCCGCUCCGCGCUGCUUCCACCAAGUGUCUCAACACUGUGAGCGGGAUCUCUUCCAGAGGCGAGCCGCUGAAACUUGCCCAGUCUCCACAGUCUGAUUCAGGGGAGCCAAGAGAACAGCAUCGGUGGCUAUAAGUACGCUUUGCUUUACCUCUCCCUGUCAUCAGACACUGAAAAAGCCCUCACUCCGUGUUGUCACUCUUGUCACCCAGUGUUUUUUUUUUUCUUUUCUCCUUUUGCUUUUUAAUUUUUUACCCCUCGCUUCUCUACUCUUCUCGUUUGUUUCUGUUGCGUCGGGAGUGAGUGCGCAGCGGAGCGCCGUGACUUGAUGAGCCGCUUAAAAAGGUGCUGUGAGGUGUUGAGUUAGGACUGAGCGCAGAGCAACACCUUGCAUGCCAUGGAAGUGCGUGUCCGGCGCAGGGGGAUGUGUGCGGGCUGAGAGGGUGACUCUUCGCCUGAUAACCAGCCGCUCUGUCCCAGAUUAAGAGGGGGAAGCAUGCCUCAGACCUGCAGACCAACUCUCUUCGAUGCAGAGGAGUCCCCACCAGACUGUCUUUUCACAAUCUGACGUUUUUAACCACAAAUCACAUUUCAUUUCUUCCCGAACUGACUUUUUGCUUUGCCAUUUUUGGCGGCUACACUGCUUUUCAAAAAAGGGAAGAAGAUCGAUAAUGAGCAUCUCUGAGACCAGUUGGCUUGGGCUUUUCUGAUCAGAAGCUGUUACCCACAACACUAACCUGCCACAAAUCAUCAAUACUCAGCACCAUGGCAUGCAGCCUGCGGACACUACACACCUUUUGCUGGUUUCUCAUCACUUUAAACCAAGUACACUCCACAGAGGGGUUUAGCAGAGCUGCCCUGCCGUUUGGCUUAGUGCGGAGAGAGCUGUCUUGUGAGGGUUACCCCAUUGAUCUUCGGUGUCCAGGCAGCGAUGUCAUAAUGAUUGAAAGCGCCAACUAUGGCAGAACAGACGACAAGAUUUGCGACGCCGACCCCUUCCAGAUGGAGAACAUCAACUGCUAUCUUCCAGAUGCCUACAAGAUCAUGUCACAAAGAUGCAACAAUCGGACCCAGUGCAUUGUGAUCACAGGUUCAGAUGUCUUCCCUGACCCCUGUCCAGGGACCUACAAGUAUCUGGAGGUCCAGUACGAGUGUGUGCCCUACAGUCCAUGUCCAACCAGAAUAGGAUCAAGAGCACAGAAUGUAUCCUAUCACAACUGCCCUGAAGUGGAGCAAAAAGUUUUUCUUUGUCCUGGGACUCUGAAAGCUGUCGGUGACCCUUCCUUUCGGUUUGAGGUGGAGCAACAAGCUGGGGCCUGGUGCAAAGACCCUCUUCAAGCUGGCGACAAAAUCUACUUCAUGCCUUGGACUCCAUAUAGGACAGACACAUUAAUCGAAUAUUCCUCCCUGGAUGACGUCCAAAACGCCCGGCAGACCAUCACCUACAAGCUGCCUCACCGGGUGGACGGGACUGGAUUUGUGGUCUACGACGGGGCCGUGUUUUUCAACAAGGAGCGCACGCGCAAUAUUGUGAAGUUUGACCUGAGGACUCGCAUCAAAAGUGGCGAGGCCAUUAUCAAUAACGCCAACUACCACGACACGUCCCCCUACAAGUGGGGAGGCAAAACAGACAUCGACCUGGCGGUAGACGAGAACGGGCUUUGGGUGAUCUACGCCACUGAGCAGAACAAUGGCAUGAUGGUUAUCAGUCAAUUGAACCCGUACACACUUCGGUUUGAGGCUACAUGGGAAACUGCGUAUGAUAAGCGCUCAGCCUCCAAUGCCUUCAUGGUUUGUGGAGUAUUGUACGUUGUGCGCUCCACCUAUGAAGACAAUGAAAGCGAGGUCAGCAAAAGUCUGAUAGAUUACAUUUAUAACACCAAACAGAAUCAUGGGGAAUUUGUUGAUAUCCACUUUCCCAAUCAGUACCAGUACAUUGCAGCUGUGGAUUAUAAUCCCAGAGAUAACCAGCUCUAUGUGUGGGAUAACUUUUACGUCCUGAGGUACAACCUGGAGUUUGGCCCGCCUGACCCAGCACAUGCACCGCCUCUGUCGGAAGUCACUACAGCCACACAGCCUCAGAGAACUACGACCGUCACUACAACAACCACAGCACACUGGGGUGCGGCCAACACUACCACAACGGUGCUUAAGGAGGGCAGUAGGCGAGCGCCCAAGCCGCCGCCUGUAAUCCCACAGACGACUUCUCCUCCGCCUCUGGAGUCCUUCCCCUUACCUGAGCGGUUCUGCAAGGCCACUGAGAAAAGAGACAUAAUGUGGCCUCAGACCCAGAGGGGCAUGCUGGUGGAGCGACCUUGUCCCAAGGGAACACGCGGCACAGCAUCUUAUUUAUGUCUUCUUUCCACUGGGGACUGGCACCCAAAGGGCCCUGAUCUUAGCAACUGUACCUCCCACUGGGUCAACCAGCUGGCCCAGAAGAUCCGCAGUGGUGAAAAUGCAGCUAACUUGGCCAAUGAGUUAGCCAAGCACACCAAAGGCCCGAUAUUCGCUGGUGAUGUCAGCUCCUCUGUGCGUCUGAUGGAGCAGCUGGUGGACAUCCUCGAUGCUCAGCUGCAGGAGUACAGGCCCAGUGAGAAGGAUUCUGCCGGAAGAAGCUUCAAUAAGCUUCAAAAACGAGAAAGGACAUGCAGGGCAUACAUGAAGGCCAUGGUAGACACAGUGGACAACCUUUUGCGACCAGAGGCCCUAAAGUCAUGGCACGACAUGAACAGCACAGAGCAAACUCAUGCCGCCACCAUGUUACUGGACACUCUGGAAGAGGGUGCCUUUGUCCUCGCCGACAACCUCAUGGAGCCUGCAAUUGUCAAGGUUCCUGCAGAUAAUAUAAUCUUGGAUGUGUAUGUGCUCAGUACAGACGGCCAAGUCCAGGACUUUAAAUUUCCACAGUCCAGCAAGAGUGGGAUCUCGAUCCAGCUGUCUGCCAACACCGUCAAGCUCAAUAGUCGAAAUGGAGUUGCCAAGCUAGUUUUUGUGCUGUACAAAAACCUGAGCCAGUUCCUCGGCACAGAAAAUGCCACCAUCAAGAUGGCAAACGAGGCCUACGGUCGCAACGUGACGGUGGCUGUCAAUUCUGACAUCAUCGCUGCUUCAAUCAACAAAGAGUCCAGCCGGGUGUUUAUUAAUGACCCCGUCAUUUUCACCUUGCAGCACAUUGACAUGGAGCACUACUUCAACUCCAAUUGCUCCUUCUGGAAUUACUCUGAGAGGAGUAUGAUGGGCUACUGGUCCACCCAAGGCUGCAAACUUCUGGACUCCAAUAAAACGCACACCACCUGCGCUUGCAGCCAUCUCACCAACUUUGCCAUUCUUAUGGCACAUCGAGAAAUUUCAGGCAGCGUUCGAGAUCACCACGAGCUGCUGCUUACUGUCAUCACUCGGGUCGGCAUAGUGGUGUCCCUUGUCUGCCUGACUAUCUGCAUCUUCACCUUCUGCUUUUUCCGGGGCCUGCAGAGCGAUCGAAAUACCAUCCACAAGAAUCUGUGCAUUAAUCUCUUCAUUGCAGAGUUAAUAUUCCUAAUUGGUAUCGAUAUGACAGAACCCAGGAUUGGAUGUGCCAUCAUUGCUGGAAUCCUCCAUUUCUUCUUCCUGGCUUCCUUCUCCUGGAUGUGUCUGGAGGGAGUACAGCUAUACCUCAUGCUCGUUGAGGUCUUUGAGAGCGAAUACUCUCGAAAAAAGUACUACUAUGUGUCGGGGUACCUCUUCCCGGCAAUCGUGGUCGGCGUCUCAGCAGCCAUCGACUACGGCAGCUACGGGACCCACAAAGCGUGUUGGCUGAGUGUAGACAAUCAUUUCAUAUGGAGCUUUAUAGGACCAGUCACCUUUAUCAUCAUGCUCAAUCUCAUCUUCCUGGUAAUCACAAUGUACAAAAUGGUGAAGCACUCUACCACCCUGAAACCAGACUCGAGUCGACUGGAGAACAUAAAUAAUUAUCGCGUUUGUGACGGCUACUAUAAUACAGAUUUGCCUGGCUAUGAAGAUAAUAAACACUUUAUCAAGUCUUGGGUCAUGGGAGCUUUUGCCCUGCUGUGCCUGCUGGGUCUCACGUGGUCCUUUGGCCUCUUCUUCAUCAGUGAGGCCUCCAUUGUCAUGGCAUACCUGUUCACAAUAUUCAACACCUUCCAAGGAAUGUUUAUCUUCAUUUUCCACUGCCUUCUUCAGAAAAAAGUCCGCAAAGAGUACAGCAAGUGCUUCCGCCACACAUACUGCUGCAGAGGGCUGCCAACCGAGAGCUCGCACGGUUCCACAAAGACAUCCACGACACGGACGAGUGCGCGCUACUCUUCUGGUACACAGGUAGACCAGCAGCUUUACACAAGUCGUAUCAGGAGAAUGUGGAAUGACACCGUAAGAAAGCAAUCUGAGUCCUCCUUUAUCUCAGGUGACAUCAACAGCACCUCCACCCUUAACCAAGGAAUGACUGGGAAUUACCUACUAACAAACCCUCUCCUGCGACCACAAGGCACUAACAACCCUUAUAACACCUUACUGGCUGAGACAGUCGUGUGUAACACCCCCACAGCUCCAGUGUUUAACUCACCAGUGACCUUCAGAGAGACAAGGCACUCACUGAACAGUGCGGUGAGGGAUACAAGUGCAAUGGAUACUCUACCGCUAAAUGGUAACUUUAACAAUAGCUACUCACUCCGUAAUGGGGACUUUGGCGACAGUGUGCAGGUAGUGGACUGCGGACUCAGCCUGGAUGAUGCUGCCUUUGAGAAAAUGAUCAUCUCUGAGCUUGUGCACAACAACCUGCGUGCCUGUAACAAAAGCCACCAACAGCAGCAGCACUCCAGUUUACGUCACCCGCCCCACCGCCAGCAGCUUCCGCCGCCGCAGUACCACCAUCACCAUCACACGGAGCGGGCUCCCCCCAAGGUGACGGUGGUAGGUGGCAGCAGCAGCGAGGACGACGCCAUUGUGGCUGACACUUCAUCUUUGGUCCACAUGGGCAACGCGGUGGGCCUGGAGCUGCACCAUCAGCAGGAGCUGGAAGCGCCACUCAUCCCCCAGCGGACUCACUCGCUUCUGUACGCACCCCAGAAGAAGGUGAGGACCGACGGAGGAGUCGAUACCUUUGUCAGCCCACUGACACCCACCAACCCUGACGACAGUGCGCAGUCCCCAAACAGAGACUCUUUGUACACGAGUAUGCCCAAUAUUACAGACUCUCCAUGCCCUGAGAGCAGCCCCGAUGUCGUGGAGGAUGUCUCCCCCAUCAAAGGGAGCGAGAAUGAGGACGUUUACUACAAAAGCAUGCCCAACUUAGGGGCAGGCCACCAGCUCCAAGCCUAUUACCAGAUAGGCAGAGGGAGCAGUGAUGGCUACAUUAUUCCAGUUACUAAAGAAGACUGCAUCCCUGAAGGUGAUGUACAAGAAGGACAAAUGCAGUUAGUGACAAGCCUUUAAAUGUAUUUAAAUCAUCCCCUUAGCCCUGCUGCCCUGACACAAACCCUGACUUCUUUCAGGGCAUUACACAUUGAAGGCAGGACCAUUCUUUUCUUUUUUUGUUUAUUUUAUUUUUUUAAGCGAACCCAGCAGUUCCACGACACACACACGCUUGGCAUCUGCAGACGUUCCCUCAGCCAUCCGUGUUUCCAUCUCCUUCCCUGCAGACUCAGAGACCUGUGGCACAGAAACGGCAGCGCAAUGUUUUCAAGAGACUGUACAUAAAACGAAGAGUCAGAUUUCAAUUCUAAGAGACAAGCCAACAAUGUAUUUAAAUGUGCUGCUGCUGUUGAGUUAUUGAGAAAACUGAAGGUGUGAAAACAUAAAAUAAAUUGAAAAAAAUUACAAAAAGAACAAAAAAGGAAAAAAAAAAAAUUACAGGUGACAUCCAAACAGCAAUUUCCCUCUCAAUGGUUGUACAUACACUUCCCCAAAUCUAAGCUCAUUUUUGUUUGUUUUUGUUUUUACACCCCUGGACCAGGACAUGGACAUGUUUGUAAAAAAUAAAAUAUUUCCUGAUCAGACUGUUAGAAAAGGAAUAUCAGGUCCUGGCUGCUUCCCAUCACCAUCAAGUUUGGAUUGUAUGACCACUAGCAAUCAAGCCCCUGGCCUUAUAUUUUCUCAACUGUUCCUUGAACUGUUGUCAAGGAAAAACUGCUCAAAUAUAUAUUUUGUUGUAUUGCUAGUGUAAAAUAAGAAUUCAUAGGGUUGGGAGGAAAAAAAAGCAUAAUUAUAAAGAAAACUUUUAUUUGCAAAAUUUUAACAUUUGAGAGACUAUUGUGUAAAAGUUGCACAUAUGUUAUACCAUCUGUUUAUGGUACCAACACUUUGUUCAAGGUUGUAUGUUUGAGCAUAAAGGCCUAUUAAAAGAAAACAGUCAAACAAUGCAUUAUCUUUUUUUUUCAAUUUAUGACCAAUAUUUUGUUUAGUUCCUUUAUUUUCAUUUGAAUUAAUAUUGUCCCUUAGAAUAUCUUUAUCCGAUUUUGCCAAAGUAGCUUUGCUUUAGUAGAAGGGGACUGCAACAACCCAGUCAAGGUGAUUUAUUCAUUGCACAUUUUUUUGUUAAUAUUUUUGAUUGAAAUGGAUCUCUUUAACAGUCACAGCAGAGGGAUGGGAAAGCGCUUCUGAGAUGAAACCGACUUUUGAAAAUAAAGUUUUUAUCUUAAAUGUAGUUCUUCCGCUCAAGUUUAAGUAUUUUAUUUAUUAAAAUCUUUCAAAAAAUGAAUAAAUAAAUAAAUUGGGAAAUUUGUGAAUAGUUUCCCGCACUGGUAUACAUGCUGUACUGUAGCUCAUGUUUUUUAUGUAAACAUAAGGGGCUUAUCACUUAAGACUGAUGUAAAGUUCAACACUUGUUUAACAAAUACAAUAAAUGUGAGAUUUUUUGUCAACAGACAAGUUGCUUUUUCUAAUGGCUUGUGUUUUUGUUAUAUCUCUAGAAAGCAGAUUUGAUCAUAUUGCUAUUGACAUAAAACACUUUUGACUCAGGUUCUUAGUAAGUCCCGAGCACCUUGAAAGGCAAACUGAUACAAUUUUGUUUUCUGGAGGAUUUUCUUUUCUCUUUUGUUUUUCCUGCUAUCUUCAAUUGCUGCAGAGUAGAGUGAUCUCGCCAUAUGUGUUAGAGAAGCCAAAUCUGUCCAUGUGAUUCAAACAUGAGAAACUCAGGUAGGAAAAAUUGCAUUGUAAAUGUUUCUCUGUGUGGUUGUAACACUAAUAAAGGUUCAAAAAUGA